AUGGCCCAAUAUCCCGGCAAUAAAAUGCGGGAUAUAAAACCCAUAAAGGAGCGACUAACGGUGCCCUGGGGUAUCAGUAUUAACGAAGAAGACUUCGAAAAGCUCACAACUGGGUACGAAACUGUCGACAUGGACGGACAAUGGGACGUGCUGUUUGUGUCUUACCUGGGCAUCAAAAGUUCGCUCAGAAAUACCGAAAUUUGGUAUCAAAAGGCGCAUGUGCCGUUUCUCAUGAGCACCGCGAGCGUUUUCAUCACAAAAAGGGCCGCCUUCUCGGUGGACAGAGGGAACCCAAAGCCGCAGGCACGCUACAUGGACCACUUCUCUACAUGCGGAAUGAGCUUGAAUUUCGUCGACCGCGACAGGAAGCCCACUGUCUGGGUCUACCCUCCCGUUCCUGGCCAAACCUAA